UUCCCCACACACGCGGAAGAGCUCGUGUCUGACGCAGGAAGCACUGAACAUUACAGCGCAAUACACCCGGUUCCACGCUGUGCAUAACGCAGUUUUUUUUAACAUAAAGGACGAUUUUAACAUAUAUAAGGAGGAUUACGUGUUGCCAUUUAGUAUCUGUGCGCGUAUUUGUGUUUAUGUGUUUCUUUGUGCGGUACGCGAUCGAAAUUAAAACGCCACUGAGUGUGAGUGUGUGCCCGCUAUCUCGUCAGUGUGAUUAUCCUUAAAAUCGAGUGCACAACUCCCCUUUAAGAUAGUGCGUGUUCCGUGGUGUAGUGCUGUAGAUGAAGUCGCAUAUUGUCGAGUCAUCCGCAAAGAACUGUCAUUCCUUACAGCACUCUCUGUAGAGCCUCGGUGUGCGCGUGCCUCGCGAGCGUUGAUUCACGUUUUAAUUACGAUUCGAAGCGUACAUCCGCUUUAAACAACUCUUUCUGUGCGGAUAAACAAAUACACCUACCCAGCCAUUUGCUCACUCGAUUGACUUUUCAAUGCGAUCCAAUUGCAACCAAUUCAAUGUGACACGACCAAACUCGAGGCUUAACGCUUUCACCAACACCCCGAGAUAGGAUUGUGUGUGACACGUAAAGUGUUUACUUCUUUGCCGAGCACUUACUUUUCUAGAGUACGUUGUAUGGUGUGCCAGAAAAGUUACUCAGAAGAAGCAUCCAUUGGUGUGCAACACAAUCACACUUAAACCUGACGCCUACUGAUAUUGAAGCAAAAGGCAGCACAACUGCGUAUAAGGUGUGGUAUGAAGCAAAAUUACCAGAUCAAUCGCGCACUCAUUGCUUUACUGUGAGCAACAAAAUAGUUGCUGUGGGAGUGACUGAAAUCAUUUUCAGCUACGCAGACGUAAGGCGACGUGCGAACGCUUUGGAGAGGUGUGUUUAAAGAAGCUGUUUUUCUUUAUUUUCUGAAGUCCUCCAAAUCACUGGGCAGUUUGUGUGACUGAUUUUAAAGAAAGUGCAAAUCCACGAACAUCCCAUAUAGAAAGCAAAGAUACUUUGCUAGUGCGGGAGACACUUUGCUAGUGCCCAAAAUUCUGGUAUUGUCUCUUUUCCAACUGCACAACUAGUAGGGUUUUCGGUGUAGAGAGGUCAAGAUUGCGAUCCCUGGCAUAAUUGGACGCAGGUGUUGUUGCUGCUGCAAACAGAAAAUUGUAUACCCUCUGUACUGCUGCAUAAAGACGAGUUGAAACAGGAGAUUGGUCGCGGCCAAAGGGUGUAGGAAGAAGUAGAAUGGAGCGUGAAUCAAAUGCCAUGACGCCGAUGUGUAGAUCAGGAUGUGGUUUCUAUGGCAAUCCGGCACAGGAUGGAUUAUGCUCAGUAUGCUAUAAAGAUUUUCUCAGAAAGAAACAACAGCCACCAGUCAGCACCACACCUUCCGCUAGCAGUACACCUCCACCAUCAUCUAGCCCAGGCCAACCACAAACAGCCUCCUCCGUUAGCAUCCGUUCCGUUGUAUCACCACAGAGCUUUGCUGCCAGUAUUAGCAGUAAUAGCGUGAACAGUAGCAACAGCAACAGCAGCAGCACAGCAACCACAACAGCCUCUUCUGUAGCAGUACCGUCGUCUUCGUCAACCUGCUCAGCCGCUGCCGCCGCUGCCUCCUCCAUUAAUAGCUCGUUAGUGGCUGGAACACACACGGCACAACCAACUGUGCACAGUGGUCCCUUCAGCUUGGAUAAAGAUAAAAUUAAUAAUGACGACAGUGGUAGCCUAGGUGGCAAUAGUAAUAACAGCUCCAUUGCCGAUAACGACGAUAAAGAUGGUGAUAAAGAUGGUAAGAAGAAGAAAAAUCGAUGCGUCACCUGCCGCAAGAAAGUAGGAUUAACCGGCUUUGAGUGCCGAUGCGGAGGACUUUUUUGUGCUAUCCAUCGAUACAGCGACAAGCACGAGUGUUCGUUCGAUUAUCGGGAACUGGGUGCCGCUGAAAUUAGACGCAAUAAUCCUGUCGUGGUUGGAGAGAAGAUACAGAAAAUUUGAACACCACCUUUCGUGCCAUCGUAUCGUAAUAGUUCACAUACCGUACAGCAGAAGAAAGAUAAGCAUCAACUACUCCAACAGCCGCCGUCAACGCACCACCAUCAGUCACGUCCGCAUCUUCAUGGCCACGAACAUGAUAUGAGC